GGGGGACAUAAUAAGAAUGUAAAUAGAUUUCAGUCACCUUUGUGUAGUAGAUAUGCUGACUCAGCCGUCAUACGACACCUUUUACGACUGAAUUGACUUGUACCAAGUUCUCGAUCAUCAUUCAAAAAUUGUAUACAAAUAAGCAUUUUAGCUGAUGUACAGUAGUUUUACAAUCAACUUUCCUGUAAUUUUUUGUUCAUCCCUGUGUAUUGAAAAUCAGCAGACCUGCAAUGUUUCUUCUAUAUUCAACUUUUAUGUGCCCCGGUAUGUUUCCUGUCAGCACUCUUUACCUCUGUGACCUCAAUACCCAACAGACCUUUGACAGCGAUGCCCACUGAGCGGAUGGAAAAGAAAAUCCCAGUGAAUUUAGUUCCCUUUGAGCAGUUAAGAUAAACCCAUCAUGACCACAUCAUCAGGGACAUCAUUGACUACCAUCGAAGAGUUUCGAUGUCGAGCUAAGGAGCUGUUAUCACCGGAAGGUUGGUCGUUUUAUGACGAUGCGUCGGGACGGAGGACGACGUACAAUGAUAGCAUAUCUGCCUUUGAUCGUUACGUGAUUCGUCCUCGUAUCCUUCGUGACGUCACGCAACGUUCAUUGUCCACCACAGUAUUGGGUCAACCAAUCAGCAUGCCUAUAUGUGUAGCACCGGCAGAAGCCCAACGGUUCGCCCAUCCAUCUGCCGAAGCAGAAUCUGCAAAAGGAGCGGCCGAAGCUGACACCAUGUACAUUUUAUCAUGUCUAUCUAAUGCAUCCAUCGCUGAGGUUUCACAGGCAGCACCGAAUGGGUUACGAUGGUUGCAGUUAUAUCUCUUCAAGGAUCUUCAGAUCUCUGAACACAUGGUCAAGGAGGCUGAGAAACAAGGAUUCAAAGCUAUCGUUCUCACAGUUGAUUUACCUCUUUGGGGAGACUAUUCAUUCUAUAAAUCUUCGCAUGCAACAUCUUCUUCAACAUCGAGAUACUAUGGAGAUCCAAGUCUGAGACCAGCAAAUUUACGUUUGGAUAUACCAGAAUUGCGUGAAGCUAUCCGUUCAGGUGAUGUCAACUUACGUCGUUACAUGGCUACAAAUUACGAAUCACCUAAAACAUGGGAUGACAUCAAGUGGCUCAAGACAAUCACAUCACUCCCGAUUGUACUUAAGGGUAUCCUGACAGGUGAUGCUGCUAGAGAAGCAGCUGAUGCUGGUGUUUCUGGAAUCAUCGUAUCAGCUCAUGGUGGAAGGCAUAUGGAUGGGGUCCCUGCUCCGUUAGACGUCUUACCAGAAGUUGUAUCAGCUGUCAAAGGUCGUGAUGUUGAGGUUUACAUGGAUGGAGGGAUUCGAUCAGGAACCGAUGUCCUCAAAGCUCUAGGAUUGGGAGCAAGGGCUGUACUGAUCGGUAGACCAGCACUCUGGGGACUAGCUUGUGAUGGUGCAGAUGGAGUCAAUAAGGUAUUAUCGAUCUUACGGUUUGAAUUGGACUCUGCUCUGGGCAUUUCAGGUUGCACCAAUGUCCAAGACAUUCCGUCAUCAUUGAUAGCUCGAAAAUCUUACCUCUGAACACUGGCGUACCUAGGAUUUUCCAGAAGGGGAGGGGCAAAUUUUCUGGAGGAUAUUUUGUCUGCGAAAAAAUUUGACAAGCAAAAAAAAAAGGUCUUCAACCAAAAAUAAAGGAUUUCUUACCAGAAAAAAAAUUUGACAAGCAAAAAAAAAAAAAAAGUCUUCAACCACAACCUGUAUCAGUUGUGACUCGUCAGGGGGGCAGGGAUACGUCCCCUGCAUGAGUUGUGACUCGUCAGGGGGCAGUCUCCCCCUGCCCCCCCCCCCCUUAGGUACGCUAGUGCCUCUGAAUGUCUGCCGAACUCGGCCUUCCACGGCUUAAGAUCCCGACCACCAUCAAGAAUAUCCUGGAAGAAUGAAUGAUACAAAGCCCUUUAAUUACCCAUCCGCAGAAUCGGAAUCAUUUAGUCAAGAUUAUUUGCAAUAUAUAUCCUUACUCCUCACACAAUAUAGGCACAUUCUCAGGCAAAUACACCCACAUUCCAACAUCAUCGUCUCGCCAACACUCACCCACACAAAAACGCACACACUCAUAUACACACCGCACACACACACACACACACAAAUUAUUUAAAUUUGUAUUUUAUUCAUUUAAUCACGGUUAAAAAGCCUGCUUCCAGCUAAAAGCUGCUUUUUCAACAAGGCCGUGAACAACUGAAUGCAAAUAAAACAAAAAUGAAAUUGACUUUACAAAAUUGAUCAAAGAAAAAAAAUAAUGCAAAAAUAAUAUUAACAAUAGAAAAAUUGAAGUAAACAAAAUUGAAAAGUUAAAGAAACGAAAUAGUAUACAAAUUAAUGUCAAAUUCAAAAUGAAUAAAAGCGAAAAUGACGGUAACUUAAUACAGUUUGUCGGUCUAUGUUUCUGAGAAGAUAUUCUCUUUAUUUAAGUGUGAUUCGGCUAAGUAAGUGGGCCUAGAUUAUUGACUGUGGUAAAAAUUGACUGAUUGAUUGAUCAACCUUUAAAAUGUGAUAUACAGCCGUGACGAUUAUACAGGCUGAAAGGAAACGCUCAAACACACACCUCCACCUAUCGUUUGAAGUCGAGUAAAAAGUCAAUAAAAAGUAGAGUGCACUCUGACACUACAGUG